AUGCGGCCUCACUACAGCCAAGACGACGACCGGCCGCCUUCGCCGCUGGACAAGGACGAGCGACGACCCGCGGGUCGGCGGCGAGGUGCUGCCUCGACCGACGGCUGGAAAGGUGUCCUGAGGGAUCCCCGCACCCGUCUGCGGAUCCGACUCCGGCCCCGGUUGCGCGGCCCGCAGCCUCAGCCUCUCAGACAGCCCCCGCCGUGGGACUCUCCGUCCGCCUGGCGCCCCGACCUGCGAAGGGUAUCGCUGGGAGCCGAGUCCGCCGGUGCGCCGAUCCCCAUGGACAGCGAGCAGCAGGAGGAGGUGUAUGACAGCGUGCAGGAGAUUCAACAGGAGAGCCGAGUGACAGGCAGUGAUGACCUGAGUGUAAACGCUAACGCUGCGACACACGGGUACAGCGCUGCGCAACCGCCACGAGUCUAUGAAAUGGACGCCUUCCAGACAAGGAAAGACGUGGCUGGGGCGCAGGACUCUGCCGUCGCCGCCGACAGCUCUUACGCGAGCUAUGAAGACGCCCCGAGUGGUUCCAGUAAAGGAAAAUACCCAGCAGCACAACCGGGAUCCAAAUACGGUGCCCCGUCUAAGGAUGUCGGGAAAGCAACCACCGCAAAACCGAGCAAGGAGAAAACCGAGGGGAAGUACCCCGCUGCAGUGCCUGGCUCACACUACGGUGCUCCGUACGAGGACGAGGAGCCCUUGUGGGAGGAGCACCCUUGGGUGCAGCCUGUCACGCCUCUCCCUUUCGCCAUUCACCCUCCGCGGCUGCAUUUUCGGCCGCGUCCCGUCAUCAUUGACAGAUGCAACUGCGCCACGUAUAACACUCUCGGCGCGGCGGCCAGCUCGACCGCGAUCAUCCUGAACGCGGUGCUCUUCAUUCUGCUAGCCAUCGCCAACGCGGGAGUCGGGAGGAGUCAGGUGUCCGGGAGAGACAAGAGCAAGUACGAGGCACAUUUGGGUGAAGCUGCGGCACAGGGCGUGAUGGCCGCUCUGCCACCACUAAGUCCCGAGAUUUCACACCAGGCACUGAGGUUUGCGUGCGAUCUGAUGGGCUUCACGCAGCCCGAUUACGGUGGCCACGAAAAUUUUGUUUUGUCCAGGCCGACCGAUCUAAACGCUGCGUUGCAUAACAUCACAAAUGCUGCUCUAGGGGAUGGCUUAUACGGAACUCACCCACAAACGGUUGGUUCAGGUUAUGGUACUUCUGGAGGUGUUCACGUGAUACAGGGUGUGCCAGAAGAGAACCUGGUCAUUCAAGAGAAGCCUGGAGGAGUACAUGUGAUCACCGCAGGAAGCAGUGUCAAUAUACAAUCUCCUACAUCUGGAGUUAAUGUCCAAACUCCUUCCGGCAGCGAUACUCGUCCAGAGCCAGACGUCUCGGUUCAAGUGUUAGGUGGAGGAACGACAAACACAAACAUAAACUGCAAUGGCCUCUGUAUAGAAACGGCCGGCGGUGUAAUCCCAGUGGAGACGGGUCCAGGUUCUUCCUCGGGCUCUUCCCAGACCGUUCCCACUCACUCGGGUCUUGUGACCAUGACAAGCUUCCAACCCAACGUGCCCGAUGAGCAGACUGUCUCAAGUGGUGGAGCCCAAAGGCCAACGGUGCCCCCAGGUGAGGUCCUAGCAGGCAUAGCGACUUUGCCCGUAGCGCCGCAACCUCAGCCUCCAGGCAUUGCCGGCUUGCCAGUGUUGCAAGGGAUGGCUAAUGUUGUGCUUGCAGGCGGACCUACAGACGGUGCCUCUGGCGAAUCGGUCGUUUCUCCAUCUACAGUGCCGACAGCGAGGCCGAGUCAAGGUCCUGGCGAGUCACCAUCCUUGGUCGAGGAUUUGCUGCAGAAUCUUCUGUCUGCCACGGGCAUAACAAAUAGUAUCAACCAAGUGACGCAACCUGGUGUAAUCGGAACCUCUCCACCGCCACCCAAUCGGGUUUCUACUCCAUUACCGUCUCCUCCGGCUCCAUCCCUCGCUCCAUCACCACCUCUGCCAUCUCUUCCUCAGGUUCCUCCACAACUGCCACCUGGAAGUCCGUCGAACCAGUCGCCUGACGUAACAGACAAUAUCAUCAGCAACAUCAACUGCCUGGUCUCCGAGAUGGCUGAAGGAGGCGGACUGGGAGUCGUGGAGCGCCCAUGCGUAGUACCCAGUCCGCCAGCGCCACCCUCCUCCGGAGCUGCAAGCCCAGAAGCCGCUACUCCUCCACCUCUUGUUCCUGUUCCCGAUGGCCCUCCGCUAUCACACGUUAUCACCGAUGGUAUCAUUACUAUCAACAGUGAUGGUGUGAUGACGACCACUCACGUUGGAGAAGGGACGUGGUUCGAGCCAACGGAAGCUUCUGAUCUCACGGCAGGUGCACUGCCGACAGGUAACGGAGAUCAGACGUCGGAGGGAGGCGGUGGAGUUCCCGGAGAUGGUGACAUUCUCAUCGAUGACAUCACUGGAGGCAUCACAGAUGUUCCCGAGAACGCCGAGUUGCCAGACUUUCCUCCAAAUUUUGUCUUUGAGACUCUGGGAGGAGAGGAUGGAGCUAAUGAGAAUGACGGGGUGAUUGGUGCAAACAUCACACCUGAUAGCGUUAACAUCAGCUCCACGAUUGAGAUCUUAUCGACCCUCGGAACCGUAGAAGACAUUGAAGAAAUUCCAUUGAAGGACGGUUACUUUGAACUGCACAUUUAUCCCACGCAGCCAGUGCCUUCACCAACGGCCAGUGAGCUGGAGUUCCGAGUUCCGCCGUUCACCAUAGUCACAACGACGUACCCUUCUUUGGCGACAGUGUCGUCCGUGCGUGCCGCGUUGCCAGCGCCAGUGACAACCCUGCAGCUAACGCCAGUCGCGACCAGAUUCACAACGACCACAACGAUACCGACGUACUCUUCGAAACCUACGCCAAGUCCCAUCGGGCCAACAACUUCUUGGGGAGAUUUGAUUGUUUUCAAUGAGCUUGGCUUCUGGAAACCGCCAGCCAAACGGCCAUCCAGUUUAUUGACGGUCAAAAGGCCGACACGGCGGCCGAGCAGCAACGUCUAUCAGAGCAACUCACAACCAAGUGAAGGCAAGCCAAGCACGCCUCAGCCUAGCAUCCUCUACAGCCUCAAACCAGAAGGUAGUGUGGAAGCGAGCCGACCAAGCGUGCCGAAUAGCAAUCCGUUCGCUGGUGAGCCAGAGCCAACAGAGCUCGCCGACAUCUUCAGUCAGCUGGAGCCGAGUGCGCCCGUCGACGACAGCCCAGUAAACGUCAUCAACAUCCAGCAGAUUGAUCCAAGCAUGCCUAUGAUGAUGAUGAUGUCCGCGAGGCUGAACUACUCUGAUUCACCAAUCAUCUCAGUAUUGCCUAAACCGCCGUUCCUAGCACCGCAAAGGGUAACAGCAACAAAAACAGUCAUAACAACAAUCGGUAGAACGUCGACGUCUGACAUAGGAUCUGAAUCUGUGGGAUCUGGAUCUUCAGAAUACAUUCCGCCAGGCUCUGGUUCGGAAAGCUCAGCGUUUCCAAAUCGUGGAAACCUUGUUGAAGGCUCACCAACAGAAGCCAACUCGCAACAAGAACUCUUCAUUCCACUUCAUGAAGAAAAUGGUGGAUCUCCCAAUCACAUUACAACUGGAGGCUUUGAUAUUCACUCUAGCGGCAGUGUUCCGUUUCAAUCUAUCUCGGACGUCCUUCCAGUGAGCAAGAAACCUGAUAGCUCAUGGACUGAUAACAAGCGUACUUCGACCACUGAAGCCCCGCAUGUCUUGCAAUCUGGCGGAUGGCUGAAUCUGUUCACAAAGCCGACAACCACUUCAACGAUCAAGCCCAAGUUCAACAAAUAUGGCUUUUGGAAGCCCACACGGCGACCCAUGGUGUUCAACAGGGUGAAGCACAAGCAGAACCGCAAAGGGGGUUCUGCGAAACCCGGGUACCUCCUCAAUAGACACAGAACAAAGGGAGAAGUCACCUCAGCCACGACUAAGCAGCCAGCCACACCACUACCGACUCGAAAACCAAGCACCUCAACGUACCCACCGAGGAUAACGACGCAGGAUAUCACCAGCGCUGCUGCUGACGGGACACUGCCAAACCUGAUUAUGUCGCUGUUCGGUACUACCAAAAGACCGUAUUUCAAUGGCCCUGACCCGAAUGGAAUCUUCAAGCCUUACCAGCCUGCAACUAGGCCGUCGACCCUUCCUUCGACUCCCAGCACCAGGAAACCAACGGUUACCUCUCCCACUUUGCCUACUACAACCUCACGACCCACACCCACACCCAAAUUCAACAAAUACGGAUUCUGGAAGCCAACUAAACGUCCGUACAACAUUCUGAUGCGACGGCUGAGGCAACGAAUGAAAGAUCGCACCAGGAUGCCGUCGACGACAAAGGCUCCUGCACCUCCACCCGUUGGCCCUCCAAUAUUACCGCCUCGGCGCUCCUACGUCAACGGCAACUUCAGAGCCUACCAGAAGCGAUAUGAGGGAUGGCGUGGUAGGCGGGAUGCCCCCAGUCCGCCGCCUCAACCAACACCUUCAUCAGCAUCGGAACCAGAACAUACAUCAGCUCUUCCGGACCCAGCAACAACAUCAAUCGACCUCCUCUUGGACAGCGUAGGCCGCAGCUUUGGCGCAGCGCCGGCAGCUGGCGUUCAGGCAUCACCGGAAGCCCGCAUGUUCCGGAACCAGUUCCGGCCGGCCGGCAGGUACCGUCGCCGGUUUUCCGGACGCUGCAUCACUCGCUGCUGGUUGGGGACAGUGGGGAUCCUGGGUGGAGUCGGUGGCCUAGCGGCUCUCUCCGUUCCCGUUUACCUCCUGCUCGUCGGCUCGUUAGGCGGAAGUGGCGCCGCAGGGGGAGUUUCAGGCGCAGCUGGCGCUGCCGCUGGAGCCGCUGCUGGUGGAGCUGCCGUCGGGGGAGUCGUAUUCAACGAACCGAUACCGGACCCGGUUACUGGUCCGGGUACGGGUACGGGUCCUAUACCAAUCCCACUACCGGUUCCGGAUCCGAUUCCUCUACCGAUUCCGGAUCCCAUGCCGCCGGAUGUGCCUGACCCGAAGCCUCCGGGUGAGCCCGGAGACCCGAAACCUCCUGCCCCUCCGGACUCCGGAACUGGACAGCCGCCCGGACCUCCAGAGGAGGAAUCGGUGAAGCCGCCGGCCCCGCCGACCACCGAUACAGGAGGACCAGGACCAUUCAUUGAAGGUCCUGACACGAUCGCCACCACGUUUGUGAAUGUGAAUCCCGCGGACGGCCAGAAUCUAGACGGCACUCCCAACGACGGCCAGUAUGUGCCGCCGGAGACCACUGUGUUUGGGGAGCAGAUUACCAGACCCAACAGAAGACCAGCGCCGGUGGGAGUGAUUGGCGUGCCGACCGAGCCGGACCGGAUCAGUGCUGUGCUCGGUCAGAACUUUGGCCCGGAGACGGCUGAGUGUAAAAACUACAAACUCUGCAUACUGCACGCCAAGACUCAGGACACCACCAAAAGGAAGCCCCCGCGCUGGUUCUUUACCACCUACCUGUACGAGGGAAGUUUCGCCAGUCUCUGCCAACAGAUGGCGCGCAAACCGACCGUGCAGCUCUGCCGAAAACUGUUCCCCCACUGCGUCAACACCACCAAGUUUGGAUUCGGCUACUGAUCUUCGCGGAACUGGAACUUGGAAGGGAAAGAAGAAUGAGAAGAAAGUCGGCGAACGAGGGUGAUAUCGAGUGUAAUAAAAGUGAUUUAGCCAAGGGUUAACUCAUAGAAGCCAAGAAGCUUUGAGCUACAGAGGGAAAUCGUGCGUAGAAAUCGCGAUCGAGGUGCAAGCUGUGAUAGUGGCACGUGCUGCCAUCUGUGGUGACUUUGAGAAGCAGUAGUUUAUCUGGUUCCGUGUGGUGGAGUCAGGUUACUGAGGUCCGGUGUGCGGCAAAUCACUGGACUUCCUGCUUUUAUUGGAACUUUGCCAGGCUUUGCAGGAUUUACAGUUCUUGUAAUGCGUGAUGUAGCUCGCAUUUUGUCGUAUACGGUGAAUGCCAGGCACGCUGAUCAGCGAGGGAAUCAUGCAGUGGGCUUAUUGGUAAGCACAGGGCACAAUGCUUCUGAAGCAUGUAUGUCGUUUGUGGCUUCUUUUGCUCUCGUACGGCUCAGGCGACAAUCAUGCGAGCUAAGCUACUAUGUGGGUUUGCAAAUCAUGCCUUACGGAACGAAUUUGGAAUAAUAUUUAAGUAACAUUCGUACCGGUUAUAUUGCGAAUUGUUCGUGGCCAAGUGUUGCGAUUGCCACGUACGAAUGAGCUUACGUAGUUCAGUGCGACUAUAAAAUCUAGCUGAGGUUUUCUCCUGCUACGGAUCAUCCCCUAUGGACGCCACGUGGUUAUGGAAAAUAAUGGAUAGAUUUUCCGUAAACGCGCGUGCCUUUUUGUAAAUAGCUGCGUAGUUUGCAAUUUGCAUGUGCGAUAAACGUGUUGUGAUAUCGCACACUCUGCGUCGAGGAAAGAGAUUUGCGAAAUAAUGCAAGAGUCGCCAGGAACUUCAUAGCGCUGGCUCGAUUUUGGCCUCUAAGGCCGCAAAGUUGUCUGUUGUAUGUGUGCGUGUGGUAGCGUGUUGUUUUUGUUUAUUUAUUGCUAUUUAUUUUGUAAUUGCGAGUGUACUGUCAGACCUUUUUAUGCAGCGUCUCUUUUAGGCUGAUGCGCUGCAAUUUCAUAAUAAAAUUUGCGUGAUUAUUGUGAACU